UGCGCACUUCGAGCCCGUGGACAGGAAGCCUGACCGAAGCAGCUGAUAACCAGGCUUCGGAUGUUCCGGGGAGCACGAAACAACGGUAUUUUAAUCAGGGAUUUUUAAUUCGAGGACAUAAGUCGGCGAUUUUAUGAGGAGUGUGCCUGGACACCCUUCAGAGCCACCGAUGGAGCUGUAUUUUUAUACAGAUCGCUGUUUAUUGUCGAGUUAACUGCAGGGCCGGAGCAGCUCAGUAACAAUGAAGGCCUAGAAUCCAGAUCUGAGGGGUUUAAAGCUCUCCUCUAACCUCAUACACCCGGAUUAUCAACACGCUCAGGCAUGGCUUCACAGCUGCAGGUUUUCUCCCCUCCGUCGGUGUCUUCCAGUGCCUUCUGCAGGGUGAAAAAAAUGAAAGUGGAGAGCUGUGCUUGGGAUGCCUCCAACGAAGCGUACAGUUCUGUGGGCCAGUACAGCUUCAACCCUGCAGCGGGGCUGUCUUUCGGCACCUCCGGCCUCGUCUUCCCCCCAGGGUCCCGAGGUCAGGUGGUGGUCCGGGCGGCAGACAGCACCGGGAGCCUCCAGCGUGGGUCCAGUCGCAGAACAUCUCACAAUAACACCCACCACUCGGAGUCCCACUCGUCUCGCGGGCACAGGUAUGGCGUGAAGAGAAAGAAUGAGGAAGUGGAGAGCUCUGGCGGAGGCGGGAGCGGAAGUAGCAGCGUUCAGAUUCUGGAAGAACUCUCGGCUCCGGCUUUCUCCACACAGACGGGAGGAGCAGGAACCACCGGCCAGUCCAUUCCCCACUCGGCCCCUACUACCAAAAGCAGCAGUUCCAAUGGGGAAGGAGACUACCAGCUGGUCCAGCACGAGAUUCUCUGCUCCGUCUCCAACAGCUACGAAGUUCUGGAGUUUUUGGGUCGAGGCACGUUUGGGCAGGUGGCCAAGUGCUGGAAAAGAGGAACUAAUGAGAUCGUGGCCAUCAAAAUCCUGAAGAAUCAUCCAUCGUACGCACGUCAGGGACAGAUUGAGGUGAGCAUAUUGAACCGUCUGAGUGCGGAGAAUGCGGACGAGUUCAACUUUGUGCGCUCUUAUGAGUGUUUCCAGCAUAAGGGCCACACGUGCUUGGUGUUUGAGAUGCUGGAGCAGAACCUGUACGACUUCUUGAAGCACAGUAAGUUCAGUCCACUGCCACUACGCCACAUCCGGCCCAUCCUGCAGCAGGUCGCCACAGCCCUGAUGAAGCUGAAAUGUUUGGGUCUCAUCCACGCCGAUCUGAAGCCUGAGAACAUCAUGCUGGUGGACCCCAUCAGACAGCCAUAUAGGGUCAAAGUUAUCGACUUCGGAUCGGCCAGUCAUGUCUCUAAAGCUGUGUGCUCCACUUACCUCCAGUCUCGCUACUACAGAGCCCCUGAGAUCAUCCUAGGUCUGCCGUUUUGUGAAGCCAUUGACAUGUGGUCGCUGGGCUGUGUGAUUGCAGAGCUCUUUCUGGGCUGGCCGCUUUAUCCAGGAGCUUCAGAAUAUGACCAGAUUCGGUACAUUUCUCAAACACAGGGUUUGCCUCCGGAGUAUCUCUUGAGUGCCGGCACAAAGACGAGCCGCUUCUUCAACAGAGGGCCGGACUCCAGCUAUCCGUUGUGGAGGUUAAAAACCCCAUCUGAGCAUGAAUCCGAAAUGGGUAUCAAGUCCAAAGAAGCGAGAAAAUACAUCUUUAAUUGUUUGGAUGACAUGAUGCAGGUCAAUCUGCCGAAUCAUUUAGAAGGGACGGACCUGUUGGCGGAGAAGGCGGACCGACGGGAGCUGAUUGACCUGCUGAAGAGGAUGCUGAGGCUGGACGCCGAUAAAAGAAUCACACCCACAAAGACACUGGCACAUCCGUUUGUGACCAUGAGCCACCUGCUGAACUUCCCACACAGCUCACAUGUUAAGUCGUGCUUCCAGAACAUGGAUAUCUGCAAGAGAAGAAACAAUAGCUUUGACAGUGGGAAGGCCCUGUUUGCUGCUAAUACUGUUCCUGGAACUGCAGGAAACCUAACUGUGACCUUCAGCAGCCAGCUUAACCAGCACAGUCAGGUUCCCUCUGCUGGUGGAGCUGUUCCUCUCCUCAACUACCAGCCGGCUCUUUACCAGCAGGCCACCAUAAACAUCCCAGGCCUGGCUCAGCCCAGCAUCCCCCUGCAGACCCGCUCCACCCAGCUGUGUGCUCAGACCGAACCCUUCCAGCAAACCCUCAUCGUCUGCCCACCCACCACUAUACAAGGGCUUCCAUCCUCUAAUAAAACCUCUAGCUAUCCUGUCAGGAUGGAGAACGGCGUUCCUGUUGUCCAGCAAAACCAGUCCUCGCAACCCCUGCAGCUUCAACCCAGCAUGCUGACACAGGGCUCCUGCACGCCUCUGAUGGUGGCCACGCUGCACCCUCACCCAGCGGGAGUGGCGUCCCAGUACCCGCUGCCCCUGGCGCUGGGCUGUGGGGCAGGACGGCCCGCUUUGCUGGAGCAGACAGCCACAGUGCUGCAGGCCUGGCCAGCGGGCACCCAGCAGAUCCUCAUACCCUCGGCGUGGCAGCAGGUGCCUGGCAUGACCAUCCACAACUCCAGCCACCAGCCUGUUGUGAACCAAUCUCCUCUGCAGGCCCUGCUGUCUGAGAACUCCACACAGCAAACAUCCAGCUGGAGGGCAUCUCAGAGUGGUCAGCACAAUGGUGUCGUCCAGCAGAACCCACAUAUCCUCAGCGGCCUCAAUCCCACUCAUUCCCUCAAUAGAGGAGCGACUACAGCUACUCGCUCGCAGAACAAGAGGAGCCGCAUCUGCUGCGACACCAGCAGCAGCAGUGCUCUGGUGGCUUCCCAUUCUUACAGCGCUCUUCUGACUCAGCCAAUCAUCAUCUCCGACACCCCGAGUCCUGCAGUCAGCGUCAUCACCAUACACAGCGACUCUGAAGACGAGGAUGAGCGCAAGUUUCACCCCGCCAGCUGCGGCCCCAGCCAUAGGACGAAUGUGAUCAGCUGUCUGACCGUUCACGAUUCGGACUCCUCCACCGCCAGUCCUUUAACCCCCAAACCCCAGAACGGUCACAUCGGGCUCCAGUCCUCACGACUGGCCAAAUCUCUGGCAGUGGUGGCGCCGACUGUCAAAACACAGCCUGUGGAGAGCUCCAUAUCGGCCAAAAUCCCACCGGCUCUAGGUCUUCCCCAGAAUUACUACAUGAAGCCGAAGAGAGCUGCAGCUACAAGACAUCAGAGCAGCUCAGGAGGAAGCAUCAGUGAGCACCAACAGGAGCCCAGCAGAUCUCAACCACUAAACCUCAGUCAGACCACUGUCUCCUCGUCUCAAGCACCACCGCCCGGGGUCAUCCCAUCAUCCUCAUCUUUGCGCCGCCAGCACACGUACCCGCCGGCCUCGUCCCAUUACUGCCUGCAGGAGGCGCCGUCGUUCACCAGCACCCCCAGUCUAUACACCUACCCCAACCCGGCCUCCCACAUGGAGCACCUCCUCGUCCAGGGCUCCUCCCCCUCCAUCCAUGCCCCGCCCACCACUCACUAUGCAGCCAGUCUAAUCCCAAAGGACAGCAUUGGGGGUGUGGUCCACGGAAUCUCCGCCCACUACCAGCAACAUUACCCCGCCCACCCUUACACCAGCACCACUAGAGAGAGCGGUGGGGGCGGGGCUUAUAGCGGAUAUCAGCUCAGCCCCCGUAGGGUCCCGCAAUACCCCUAUAUUUGAGACAUAUUUACAAACAAAACAACCCACCGACCAAUCAGCUGCUGGUUUUUAUCUGUCAUAUUUAUGUUUUUAGAGCCUUGUCAAUUAAUAUUGUGCAUCUUAGCUGAGAUCGUUUUCUUAGCCCUGACAUGUUCGUUUUAAUUCGUAAGCAAUAGAGGAAUCAUGCUGACAUAGAGGAUCGAUCUAGUAAUCCAGACUAAACUCCUUACACUAAUCCUUCCUUAUUUUAAACUCUCUUUUUAAAUUCCGUGUCGUGUUUUUCGUUUGUCGUCGUCGUAGGAUAUCUUCUGCUUUUUAAGUUAAGUUUUAAUCGUGAAGCUGACUGGUUUUUCAACCACUGUACCGGGAGGAGGUGUUGACGGAAAUGAGGGAGGGAAAAAAAUGUAUCAUGUACCCUAAUCGUAUUGUUAUUUAAGUUAGCGCGCUACAUGUUAGUCGAAUCUAAGUCCUGGUAGAGUCGUAGAGUGUAUGUUGUGAGGAAUAUCAGUGGAUAUAAGGAGUAACUUUUAACCCUUUAUUUUUCCUUAAGAAAUUGUUUAAUCAUGUCAAUGCUCUCGAGUUCUCCAAGGAGAAGCGAGGUUAGGUUAUUAACUUUUAAGAGGUAGAUGAGAAUCUGACGCUACAUUGGAACCUAUGAUAAUAACACACAGAUGAUUCAUUUUUCUGACAUUAAAGGGGUAGUUCACACACAAAAAAUUAAAAAUUACAGUUUUUAUUUACCCUCAAGAGGUAUUAAACUUGAGUUUCCAGUGUUGAACACAAAAUAAGAUAUUUUGAAGAAUGUUGGAAACCUGUAACUUCCAUAAUAUCUGGUUUUAUUAUUCUAUAAAACUCGAUAAACCUCAAAGUGGAAUUAAACUUUCAAGUUUCUUUUAUCUGAUGAGCGCUAAAGAAGAUAUUUUAAAGAAUGUUGGAAACCGGUAACCAUUGACUUCCAUAGUAUGUAUUUUUUUUCUUUGGAAGUCAGUGAACCUCAAGUGGAACCAAACUUUUUAAAUUUCCUUUAUCUGCUGAGCACAAAAUAAGAUAUUUUGAAGAAUGUUGUUAGAAACCGGUAACCAUUGACUUCCAUAAAGUUUUUUCUUUUCCUUCUAUAGAAGUCAUUGAACCUCAUGUGGAACCAACCAAUCAAGUUUAUUUUAUAUGUUGAACAAAAUAAUAUGUUUUUAAGAAUGUUGGAAAUCUGUAACUACUAACUUUCGUAACUUUUAUAAAAUCUGUUUUUUUUUUCUUCUUCUUUUGAAGUCAAGGAACCUAAAGUGAAACGAAACAUUGAAGUUUUCUUUAUCAGUUAAGCACAAAAGAAGAUAUUUUGAACAAUGUUGGAAACCAGUAACCACUGACUAUAGUAAUAUCUGGAUUUUUUCUAUGGAAGUCAGUGAACCUCAAGUUGAAUCAAACUUUCGAGUUUUUUUUUUAUCUGUUGAACACAAAAUAAUGUUUUGAAGAUUGUUGAAAACUGGUAACCAUUGACUUCCAUGUUUUUUUCCUAUGAAAGUCAAUGGUUACAGGUUUUCAGCUUUCUUCAAAAUAUGUUCUUUUGUGUUCAACAAAAUAAAGAAACUCAAAUCUGGAAUGACUUGAGGUUCAUUGCUGAAAUACAAAUACUCUGGAUGUCACUGGUUACCGGUUACUAACAUUCUUCAAAAUAUCUUUUUUUGUGUUUAACAGAAUAAAGACAUUAGAACGUUUUGUACAACUUCAUUGACUUCUAUAGUUAAAGAAAACAAAUAUUAUGGAGGUCAAUAGUUACAGGUUUUCAGCAUUCUUCAAAUUAUCUUUUGUGUUCAACAGAAUAAAUAAACUUGAACGUUUGGAAUCUCUUCAGGUUCAUUGACUUCCAUAGUAUGUUUUUUUUUCUACUAUGGAAGUCAGUGGUUACAGUUUUCCAACAUUUUAUCAAAAUAUCUUCUUUUGUGGUCAACUGAAUAAAGAAACACAAACAUUUAGAACCACUUGUGGUUCAUUGACAUCCGUAAUAAGAAAAACAAAUACUAUGAAGGUCAAUAGUUACCGGUUUCUAGCAUUCUUCAAAAUAUCUUUUGUGUUCAACUGAAAAAAAGAGGCUUUGCUUUUUGUUGGCAAAGCUUGGAACCAACUGAGCUACAUUGACUUCCAUAGUAGAAAACAGAUUAUAAGGAAGUAAAUAGUUACCGGUUUCCAACAUUCUUCAAAUUAUCUUUUGUUUCCAGCAGUAUAAAGAAACUUAUAAGUCUGGAACGACAUGAUAUUCAUUAACUUCCAUAGUAGAAAACAAAUACUAUAGAGGUCAAUGGUUACAGGUGUUCAACAUUCUUCAAAUUAUCUUCUUUUGUGUUCAACAGAAUAAAGACAUUUAAACGUUUAGAACCAUUUUGGGUUCGUUGACUUCAUAGUGGAAAAAAAACAAUAUGGAAGUCAGUGGUUACAGGUUUCCAACAUUUUUCAAAAUAUCUUCUUUUGUGGUCAACCAAAUAAAGAAACUUGAACAUUUUGAACCCCUUGAGGUUCAUUGACUUCCAUAGUAAGAAAAACAAAUACUAUGAAGGUCAAUGGUGACCGGUUUCUAGCAUUCUUCAAAAUAUUUUUUGCAUUCAACUGAAAAAAAGAGGCUUUGCUUUUUGUUGGCAAAUCUUGGAACCAACUGAGCUACAUUGACUUUCAUAGUAGAAAAAAAAGAUAUGGAAGUGAAUAGUUACCGAUUUCCAACAUUCUUCAAAAUAUCUUAUGCGUUCAACAAAAUAAAGAAACUCAAAAGUUUGGAACGACUUAAUGUUUAUUGACUUCCACAACAGAAAAAACAAAUACUAUGGAGGUCAAUGGUUACAGGUCUCCAACAUUCUUCAAAAUAUCUUCUUUUUGUGUUUAACUGAAAGCAAAAAAUGGAAAGUUUGGAACCACUUGAGGUUCAUUGACUUCCAUUAUGUUUUUUUUCCCUAUGGAAGUCAAUAGUUACCGGUUUCCAACAUUCUUCAAAAUAUCUUCUUUUGUGUACAACCGAAGAAACAAGCUCAAAAGUUUGGAACGUUUUGAUGUUCAUUGACCUCCACAACAGAAACCACAAAUACUAUGGAGGUCAAUGGUUACAGGUUUUUAACAUUCUUCAAAAUAUCUUCUUUUGUGUUCAACUAAAGAAAGAAACUCAAAAGUUUGGAACAAGGAUAAGUAAAUGAUGACAGAAUUGUUUGGCGAACUGUCCCAUUAAGCGUGGUUUGUUUGCAGCAUUUAUUAGUAGUCUGCUUUUCAAACUAGAGUGCACCAAAAAGUCGCUGACCCUAAAGCUGUGUGCGUGUGUGUGCGCGGUCAGUGACGGAUAUUAAUGUGAUCUGUGGUCUUCUGCUCUGAACGACACUGUGACUGACCGCUGCGGUCCUUCUUGUCCUGCUCUCAAUAACAUGACGUGCCUUCACAUUCUCUCCAACGCGUUUGGCUGUGUUUUUGAGUUCAGAGAACGUUUAGCAUCAACCAAGAAAGUACUGUACACAUUUUGUAAUGUCAAACAACGAUGGAAAUAAAAAAACACCUCCAUUGUAAUGCCAUCAAUAAACAAACAUCACAAAACA